AUGAGCGACCUCGACCGGGCGAUCGAGCAGCUGCGGGCCUGCCGCCUGAUCCCCGAAUCACAGGUGCGCGAAUUGUGCUACAAGGCGCGUGAGCUCUUAAUCGAAGAGGGCAAUGUCGUGUCCGUCGAUGCACCAGUCACCAUCUGCGGUGAUAUCCAUGGACAAUUUCAUGACCUGAUGGAAUUGUUCCGAGUCGGCGGCGACGUCCCCGAUACCAAUUACCUAUUCAUGGGCGAUUUCGUCGACCGCGGGUUCUAUUCCCUCGAAUCCUUCCUCCUCCUUCUCUGUCUCAAAGUGCGCUAUCCCGAUCGCAUUACCCUCAUCCGCGGCAACCACGAGUCGCGACAGAUCACAACAGUCUACGGAUUCUACGAUGAGUGCAUUCGAAAGUACGGCAGCGCCAACGUCUGGCGAUACUGCUGCGAAGUGUUCGACUACCUGGCAUUGGGCGCGAUCGUGCUCGGCGCCAGCUCAGGCCUCGAGCCUACCACAUCCUACGCUAAUGAGACAACACAAUCAUCCCUGCCGAUUGAUGAUGGCGAGCUGGAGACUGAAGUCCUGAAUUCACAAGGCGAAGUCACAUUCAGCACAUACCGCCAGCGACAGCGCACCUCCUCCGAUACAUCCACAGACUCGCGCGCUAUAUCACCACCACGGGAUAUCUCCGCUGCGCCGGGUCAGGCCACUCCAUCUCGGACGGGUGCGCCCGGCACAGGCGCGAGUGGGGACGGUAACGGAAGCGCCACAACUAGUCGCACAGGCGCUGUACUCUGUGUGCACGGUGGAUUAUCGCCACUGAUAGAUUCCGUGGACAAGAUCCGACUGAUCGAUCGCAAACAAGAAGUGCCCCAUGAGGGCGCCAUGUGCGAUCUUCUCUGGUCUGAUCCUGACGAGAUCGAAGGGUGGGGUCUGAGCCCGCGAGGCGCUGGAUUCCUCUUUGGUAGUGAUAUCGUCAAGCAGUUCAAUCACCUCAACGGACUAUCUCUGGUUGCGCGCGCUCAUCAGCUUGUUAUGGAAGGUUAUAAGGAGAUGUUCGAUGGCGGCAUCGUCACGGUGUGGUCUGCUCCGAACUACUGCUACCGAUGCGGCAACGUUGCUGCGAUCCUGGAGCUCGGCGAAGAUGCUAGUAACGGGGGCUGUGUGGCACGCAGCAAUGGAGAAUACGGUCGGAGCAAUGGCGUUACGGACGCCAAUACAGUUAUCAGUCCUGGGAGGAGAUACCGUGUCUUUGAGGCCGCGGCCCAGGAUACAAGGGGCAUGCCUGCAAAGAAGCCCGUCGCUGAUUAUUUCCUGUGA